AUGGAGAGGGUAAGAAAAUUGGCAUCAGAAAAGGGAGUAAUGAUCUUCAGCAAAAGCACAUGUUGCUUAUGUUAUUCUGUACACUUGUUGUUUCGAGAACUUGGUAUAGAUCCUUAUGUUCAUGAAAUCGAUCACGAUCCAGAGGGAAAGGAAAUUGAGAAGGCGCUACUAAGGAUGGGUUGCAAUGGCCCUGUCCCGGCAGUGUUCAUCGGCGGAGAAUUGGUGGGAUCAACCAAUGAAGUCAUGUCCCUCCACCUAAGUGGCUCACUGGUUCAACGGCUGAAACCCUAUCAGAAAUUGUCUUAA